AUGGCGACCUCGCCUCGCCGCGUCAUCGUCGUCGGAUCAGGGCUGGCAGGCUUGUCGGCCGCAUCCGAGCUGGUUUCGAAGAAUGUGCCCGUGGUGAUCCUUGAACGUCAGCAAAAGCCAGGUGGAAACUCCAUCAAAGCCUCAAGUGGGAUAAACGGGGUGCCUACUCGUUUUCAGUCCGACUCGUCCGACUCGACUGAAAGUUUCUACGCCGACACAGUCAAAUCCGUCAGUCCGAACUUUAUGCGCACAGCGACGGAAAGCCGACAGCGACUAAUAUCGGUCCUGACAGAAUCAUCCGCCUCCGCCAUAAAUUGGCUCGUUGAUGUGAAAGGGGUCGACCUCUCCCGGGUAGCGGCGCUGGGCGGUCACAGCCAUCCUAGGACUCAUCGUGGAGCAGGUCAAACACCGCCGGGGGCGAGCAUUGUUACAACGCUCCUCAAGCAGCUUCAAGCCAACGACCUCGUCAAAAUGGAGACAAACUCAACAGUGACAAAAGUACUCAGUGGUCCAGGCGGAGUUGUAGGGGUAGAGGUCUCUCGGGACGGAAAGAGUGAGAAACUGGAGGGCCCGGUGAUUUUCGCUUCGGGUGGAUUCGCGGGAGACUCCAGGGGACUAUUGGCAAAACACCGUCCUGAUCUGCAUGGAUAUCCUUCAACGAACGAGGCACUCCCUGGUAGUUCGGACCUUCUGGCGGCCCUGGGAGCUCAGUUUCUCGAUAUGGACCAAGUUCAAGUCCAUCCGACUGGAUUUGUCGAUCCCAAGGAUCCGUUCAAAGUGACAAAGUUCUUGGCUGCAGAAGUACUCAGAGGCGAGGGGGGCAUUCUUUUGCGAAGCGGAAAGAGAUUCAUUAACGAACUGGAGACCAGAAAGGUUGUCACUGACAAGAUAAUUCGCGAGGCACCGAAAAACACAGAUCCAACCAAGCAGUGGGACAUCCUGCUCGUGCUGGACGAGAACACGUACCAAGCGACCAAGUCACAUGUUGAUUUCUACCUGUGGAAGGGACUCAUGCAGAAGACCACCAUAUCUGAACUGUCAGACUCACAAACGGCGGUGGAAAGUAUCCGAGAGUACUCUGAUAUUGUCCAGGGCAAGAACCCAGACCACUUCGGUAGGAGGAACUUUGGAAACUGGACAGUGCAAAACCCUUUGCCCGAGACGACGAUAUAUGUCGGCCAAGUCACGCCGGUUGUACAUUACACUAUGGGAGGUGCUUUGCUUACUCCUGAAGCCCAGGUUGUCGAUGCGAGUGGGAGUCCAAUCAGAGGUCUGUGGGCUGCUGGGGAGGUGACAGGAGGCAUUCAUGGAGCAAACAGGCUUGGAGGUAGCAGUCUGCUUGAAUGUGUUGUCUUUGGGCGUAUUGCAGGACAAAAGGCUGCUGAAUUUGUGCAGUCGAGUAGCACAUAG